UACAUGUUAAAAUAAUUAUUUUCACUAUCAAAAAAAUAAGUUUCCUCCAAAUCAUGAGCUGCUUUUCUGAUGAACCCUCAUUAGUUCUUGAACAAGUUCAAGAUGUUUUGGAUAGCCCUCAAUUUGUUACCAAAAGCUCCAAAAAGAGGAGAAGAGCAUCGAAAUCAAAUGAAGAAAGCAAAGAAAGUGAUGAUAAGAUGAAGAAAAGUAUGCAUAGAGAGAUUGAGAGGCAAAGAAGGCAAGAAAUGUCUACUCUUUACACCUCACUUCGAGAACUUCUCCCUCUUGAAUACAUCAAGGGGAAAAGGUCGGUCUCAGAUCACAUGCACGAGGCUGCGAAUUACAUAAAGAGUAUGGAGAAGAAGAUCGAGGAGUUGCAAUCGAGGAGAGAUGAGCUCAAGAAUGCAUCUCCUUCAAAUAGCUUUGAUCUCCCAAAUUAUGUAACUGUGAAUUAUUGCUAUGAUGGAGUUGAAAUUUUGAUAAAUUGUGGAAUUAAAGAGGGCUGUGGAUUUGCACUAUCCAGAGUGAUUAUGGAAUUGAUUCAAAGCGAACUCGAUGUUGUCACCUGCAUUUCAAACAAAGUGAAUGGUAGAUUCUUGUACAAGAUCCAAGCUCAGGUGAAUGCGUUGGUUUACAUUGAUCUGGCUGAGCUGCAGAUGAGACUUGCGAAUGAGAUCAAUUGAUUUGGACAUGAUCAUCACAAUUAGGGUUUGUCAUUGUACAAAUUUGGGAUUUUAUUAAUUUGGAGUUUUAAGAGGAAAUUAAGCUUGAUGUGAAUCUUCAUCAUGCAGCUUGUAAGCAAUAUGCAUCUUAAUUUUUACAUGAAACAUUUUAUUGUACAUAACCGUAAAAACAAAU